AUGGCGGCACGCGGUGGGAUUAAUGCUAAAGGGGAGGCUGUUCCUCAGCCUGUAAAAGUUCAGCGUUAUUGGCCGGGUAGAGCACCGAAGGGUGUGAAAGAAUAUCUAUCUUCAGAAGAAGAGGAUGAGGAAGAGCAGCACUUUGAAAAACAGAAGGAAACAGAGUUAAUAACCAGUACUUACCAGAUCGAGAUCUCCGAACAAGAGGCGGCUUCUGAUAGGCGUUUACGCAGACUGAGAGAAGCAAAAAAUGCAGGCCACGAAACAUCCAGUCGACGGCGACGACAUGCUGACGAAGAUACAGACGAAGCCUCCAGGAACAUACAUAAAAGCGAGGGAAUUGAUGACGAAGAUGAGGAUGAUAUUACUUCUCGUCGCCAACGUCUUCGUGAACAUGCUCUCGAACAAAGACGGAUAGAGGAGGAACAAUUAAAAGCUCAAGAAGAAGCGGAAAAGGCUCGAUCUGAGGAACAGCAGACCAGAAAAUUGUUGAAACCAGUAUUUAUCCCGCGUGCACACAGAGAGACGAUAUUAGAGAAAGAGAGGUUGGAGAAGGAAGCAGAAGAAGCAGAGGAAAAAAGAUUGCAAGCGCUUGAAGAAAGGAAGAAGGAAUCGCAUGCGCUUGUGGCUGAACAAAUUCAAAAGGAAUUAACAAAGACUGUCGAUGAAGAGACCGGUAAGGUGGAAGUGGAUGAUACAGAUGGACUCGAUGAGCAAGCCGAAUACGAAGCAUGGAAACUCCGGGAACUAAAACGUGUCUACAAUGAUGCUGAGAUUUUUAAUGACGACCUCCUUUUUGAUUUCAAAAGUCGGGAAAAUGAGAGAGAAGAAAUAGAACGUAGGCGACAAAUGAGUGAUGAGGUGCGAUUUAAAGAAGACUUAGAGAGAGCGAGGAAAUCACGCGAGGAAAAGUCGAAAGGAAAAUACAGAUUUCUACAAAAGUACUAUCAUAAGGGUGCAUUCUAUUUGGAUACGGAUGAUAAGUUAUUCAAACGAGAUUAUACCGAGGCUACACCGGAUGAAGCUGCUCAUAAGGAAUUAUUACCAAAGAUUAUGCAAGUCAAAAAUUUUGGUCGGGCAGGACAAACAAAAUGGACCCACUUGGCCGACCAGGAUACCUCAACAAAAGAUUCUCCAUGGCGUCAGAAGUUAAAACGAACAAACAACGCGAGGGAUGAUAUUGACAGAUCACGAAAGCGAAGAACCAGAGACCGUAAUUGA